UGCAUUUGGCUGAACAACAACGAUCGAUACAAUCAAUGUGUCUGUAAAGCUUCUUGGUCGUUCGAUCUGUGGCGAAACGAGAAUCAGCCAAAUGGAUCGUGUAUAGCUACGAACAGGUAUAAGUUGUGUUGAGAUACAGUUGAGCUGACAACCAAUUAACCGGUCGACAGCGAAAAGGAAGGAACAGAAACACACAUUUAGCUGUGUACAUUUGAGGCAUUUCGGUUAUAUACAGACAGCCAUUUUCUAGAUUGUAUAUGUGCAUCAGGAGAAACGGAUGCCGGAAAUCUAACGAGAUUGUCACGUCAAAAGCAUAGACACCAGAUUUCGAAGAAAUCAGAUCCGUCAACAUCCAAGUUGGAUGUUUCGUUUACUUUCACUCAUUGUGCUGCUCCAACAGGCUCCGAUUCCAUGGCGACUAGCAUCAUUUCCGCUUUACACAUAAACCUGUCGUUGCUUUCAGCUUCUUAUCCGUUUUGAAUGAAAGUUUCGGUUACACCAGAGCAAAUAUAUACAAGUCAACAAGGAAGUAACUUUACAUUUAACAGCGUCGUCUAAAUAUAGACAUUGUCUGACCAGCAUUUCGCAGCCACCAUUGACGUUUGGAGUCAUUAGAAACAAGCUGAAUAACACAUCAUCAAAGUGGGCGGUUAUUCUAUCACAAACAGCGACUGUCUGCCCGUUACGUCAUACCUAACCAUCCACAUAAGGGCAAAAUCAAUUUACAGUAGAUACCCCUCUUAUUGUAUUAACGGAAAGGGCAACAUAUACGAGGCCUUGCCACUUGGAGUUCUUGCCAUUGGCAACAACUGAAGAACUGCCGUUAAAAUAUAAAAAUUGUAUUGUUCAAUAACAUCUUUUGAUGUUCUUUGUGUAGACCAGCAGUUGAACGAGUCUAUUCGCAUUGCAUAUAUAGAUUUCUGCGUAGCGAUAAGACUUUAUUUUGGGAGGGAAAGAGAAAAGACCCAAUUUUUGUUUGUUUGACUAGGAAACAAGCAAGGUAAUAUCAGGCCGGCUUCUUCUUUUGUCAAACUGCUGAGGACACUUGCAAAAUCCAUCUAAGCCUGCACACACACACACACACACACACGUCAUGUACAGAAGAAAAGGAAAACAGCAAUAGACAGGAUGUAAACAAUCUCGACUAUAUAUAUAUAAGCUCUCUUUUCAUCUGCUUUAUUCUCCUUCCAUUUUUUUCUUUAUAAAGCCAAGCCUUCUUAUCAUACAGGAUUGCUGUAUGCUAUUAUGUUUGACUGAUUAUUGAGGCAUCUCUAUGAAAAAAGGGAAAAAAUCGGAUAUAGGUAAAUUUCUCUUUUGUCGGCUGACGAUGAUCGAAAAUCAAAAAGGAUGACGUCACUGUCACAAGAGGCUUACAUUCCACUCUGCAGGAUUUUCGAAGGCUCCUUCUAAUACAACCUGUAGUAAUAAUAAGGGCCUCCCCUAUUGUUGAGAAUUAAUCACGGAUACGUUGAACGGCAUAUAGGGAAAAAUUGAUCGAUACAUCAGUAGUCUUAAGCGGAUGCUUAGCUAACGAGCUCUUUAUCUAGAAUGAUUCUUUUUUUAAACAACGCGCUUUGAAAAGGUAAUCACGCACGUCAGAAUUUGCUCACUCGAUGCAUCAGUUGCUGUAUAAACUAGAAAAUGAGGUGAAAUCAAGUUGUUCUGCAUUACGAAGUGCUUAAUCAGAUUACGACCGUGAAUGUAUAGACUACUACGCGGGUUAAAUAAUCGAUUGGCUUUAGACUCCAUGGCUGCGUAAUUAAAGCGUGACACAAUGCAUAUUCGAGUACAGCACGUGUCUGAACAAUACGAUAAUUCGUGGUAAUAUAUGCGCGCGCGUUAUGCGCUCUACGCAGCGAUUAUAUUAAACCAACACAGCCGGAAAAGCUUUAAAAAAAACGAAAACAUUCAUUUUUCGUGAAACGCAUCAACUCCGUCUGCGUUCGUGCGACAACAUGUCAAUUUGCAACAGAGGGAAAGCCUUGCUAUCUCUAAUGUCAUGUUAUUAGCAGACAAGCGUUUUUUUCUUGUGUCUGGUUUCCACAACAAAAACGCCCCCUCGGCACGUGCCUAAUUUUAUGCGCAAUAUCAGAAUUAGACCUAGCCUUCAUUUUUUAUUUUUCAAGAUAAAACUAGAGGUAUGGAACACAUAUAAAAAAUUGCCCCACCAGGUAGAGCUAUUUUUCAAUUUUUCUGUUUUUUUCACCAAGGACACAGUCGGGCACUUGCAGACAUCAAUAGCAAUUGAGCAUUGGCACAAUAGUGUUGUUAGCUGUCUACUCGUUUCCAUCUAACACGAGUGUGUCAAUAUAUGCCAACGGUUUGGACCACAGUGCGAAUAAUAGUGAAUUCCUUCAGCUACUUUCGAUCGUCUCAAUCACGCGUGUGCAGUAACGAAUCACCAUCAUCCGAUAAAGGAUUGCAUAUGGUGACGUCACAACAGCAGAGAAACAUAUGGAUCAAAGAUACAAAAGUUUGCAAACGUUUCAUUAUAUCGACGUAAGAAUAUUUGAAUCUCAGCCGGAGAUAUUGGAAAACCGUCCGGCAGCACCAUCUGUGAACGUGCAUCCGAACGAAGAUGUUGCUCUCCUCCAGAUGGAAAACGUCUUCGCUUCUACACGUUUUGAAUCACCUGGAUGAACAUAAUCGUGUUACCAAAAAUGCAAUUGUGUUUUUAUUUUGCAUAUCUUUUUCCCCAACAACGGAUAUCCGGCCGCGUGUAAUUAGAUGGACUUUUACAUAGACGUCAGUGCAAGCGUACAGCAGUCAACUUUGAAAGCCCAUCAAGUCUAAUUAGAUAAAAAAAAUUCCACCCGUCUAAGACAAGUUAGCCAAUUGCACAGCGUCCCACGCCUGUUUUACCCAUCCGGAGAAUGGAACAAUUGGCGCAAGUACUUUUUGCUAAUUCAAACUUUUUGGGGUGGACGUCAAUUCUUUGGUGAACGAAAAGUACGAACAUCGGCAAGUGUGCCACUCAAGCUGGAAUUCAUUCCUUCUUCGUCAUAGUACGUCCACGUGUGUAGGGUUUUUACUUGAUCGGAUUGAAUUAUUUGGCAAAGGACAACCCAUUCACUGCGGACAGACCACGAUUUGCUUUAACGCAGUGCAGAGCAAAAGAGAAUGGUGUCUAUCAGUUCUCUAACCAAUCGAUAGCGACCAUUAAUCAACUAAACGGUAAUGUGAAUUGAGCGAUUUCCCUUUGAAAUGUGUCCAGCCCCUCAGUAAAAUUGCCCUUUGUUCUUUAUCUAGACUCUUGCUUUUUCGCUAUAUCCAUUGACUGAUGGAUUGUAUCAUGUUUUUUUUUUCCCCGUCCAUGUACAGAUAUUACAAAAAAAAAAAGAGACAUUGACGGGCCAAGAACGAAUGGCUUUCAAUAACAAUGAAAUUUCUAUGCAUCCAGCAUUCUCUUCUUGUACGAUGUUACAGCAUCGCUAUGACGCCAUUGGCUAAGCCAAUUCGUAUAUGCAUAACAAGAUUAAUGGCACUCGAUUUCUUUACAUUUAGGGAAAAUCCUUGACGUGAUGCAAGUUUAGUGCGACACCGACUGAAGCAAAGAAAUAGAGGGAAAUCUGGUACACGACACGUUAAAUUUCUCCUACACCGGAGCACAUGAUGUGUAACACCGCCGAGAUCUGUCAAAUUUCAUGGGUCUGUUGAUUCUCAUGGUGCGUGUAUUGCUGCCAUUGUCGCAAUUCGAUCAUCCAAUUGGAUCGAGAAAAAAAAAUGGCCAGCCAAUGUACGAAGUACAGACGAUGUAAUUAUGCACGGCCGAGAUGCUAAUAAAGGCAAGUCAAAAGAAGAUUGAAUAAGAAAGGGUGAAAGGGGCAUCAAAUUGAGGUGGCAGAAACGAGGGGAAAAGAGAGAAAAUAUGCUGAUAUCAAUAAAAUGAGCUUCGGCAAUCCAAUUUUUGGCAAAAAUAAUGAAAUUACAGCGUCUGCGCUUCGCAUUUCGAUAAGAGCAGAUUUUUUUUUUUUAAUUUUAUUUCGAAAAAAGUGCCAGACGAUUGACAUGUAAAAUUCAUAACCCAUCCUGAAUCAUCUAUAGAAUUUUAGCAUAGCGCGCUAGUACGGCGCAUCAGGGCCACUCCACCUACACCCCGUGUAUUUACAACGCGGAGUGAAAUGCCUGAUCUUGCGCUGCUGCGACCAGCUCUUCUUCGUGCACCAUCCCAAGUCUUAAACAGAAGUCUGGCGUAUAAAAGAAGGUCUCUGCUUUAAGACAGACUUUAGUCUGGCCCAGUCAGCAGCUGGACAUGACGUCGUCAAAGAGUUGCAGUGAAUGUCUGUGUUUUCGGAAUCGACUGUUUCUUAUCUUUCACGCUGCCUUUAGCGCAUCAAUCGACUGAAUGGAAACGCCGAUGAACCUCUUAGUUCUCUUCAGCGUUCUCGUUCAAACACAAAGGGCCGAGUGGGCUGCUUAUCUUUUUUACGGAGAGAACGCGAUGAGUUGGAACGGCCUCGCUGGAGGAAAAAGUUCGGCAGGAACGGGACCGCAGUCGUGUUAAAAUGAAGAACUUGAUUAACAAUAGCAUUUCCCUUUUGAAAGUGAAUCCUUGUACGAUCGGCAACUCUUUUUCAGCCCGAUCUAUGGCCGUCUGCGCGGGACCACGGCCCAACGAUAGACGUCAUCGUUAUUAGGAGUAAACAACGGGCUAAUUCGUUAUGGAUUUUAUCGGUGAUGAGCAAUUAUGGCCAAGGGAAGAAGGCGGUUUAACGGACGAUGAUUCAUUUGCGAAUGGAUCGUCCGGCAUCGUGUCACAAUUACUGAUGCCCGUCUGGGCGUAUCAAUUAGCAGCCGUCUAUCUCAUCUUCAUCAGCAUCAUGGGUUUGAUAACCAACAUCAUCGUCGUCGUGGUCAUUCUUAAUGAUCCACAGAAAAUGACCCCCCUCAACUGGAUGCUGCUCAAUUUGGCCUGUUCCGAUGGAACUAUCGCAGGAUUUGGUACAACCGUAUCGACAGCUGCUGCUUUGCAAUUCGGAUGGCCUUUCGGGCAAGAGUUGUGCGUCGCCUAUGCAAUGAUCAUGUCCACGGCAGGAAUAGGAUCGAUAACAACUUUAACAGCUUUGGCCUUGUGGCGAUGUCAGUUGGUUGUCUACUGCCCGGCAAAACGGGGCAGCGCUUUUGCCAACAACAACAGCAACGGUGGAAGACUGGGACAUUGUCGGGCCGUCCUUUUACUGGCCAUUAUCUGGACGUACUCGUUAGCUGUGACUUGCCCGCCGCUUUUCGGAUGGGGACGAUACGACAGGGAAGCCUCCCACAUCAGCUGCUCGGUGAAUUGGGAGUCUAAAAUGGACAACAAUAGAUCGUACAUCUUGUACAUGUUUGCCUUUGGAUUGUUCGUCCCUUUGGUUGUUAUAGUCGCCUCUUACGUCAGCAUCUUACGCGUCGUUAAAAAGACGGGCAAAUUUAGGAACACUACGUUGGCUACGCUGAAACAGAAACAACAAAACGAUCAGCAAACAACGGCCGACUUGCAAGAAGUGAAGCACCAAUCGAAUGUCAACAACAAUCAACGACGCAAAAGUUCCAAGAGUAGCAAUAGCGAUGCGGCUGAGAAACGAGUCACCAUCAUGGUGGCCUGUAUGGUGGGCGCGUUUAUGACGGCCUGGACGCCCUAUUCCAUUUUGGCUCUUUUCGAAACAUUUAUCGGCGGUCCUAAUAACUCGCACAACAACGUGUCUUCAUUUCGAGAGGACGACAAUGAAAAUGUUGUUUAUUUUGUCAGUGGAGUUUCACCUGGAUUCGCCACCAUUCCAUCGCUUUUUGCUAAAACGUCAGCCGUCCUCAAUCCACUGAUUUACGGACUGCUCAACACUCAGUUUCGGUCGGCCUGGGAGAAAUUUUCCCUUCGAUUUCUAAGUCGACAUCGACAUCUCCGUCAGUUUAGUCAGGAAAUGAUGGGCGUGUCUUUGAAUGCAACCAGUCGUCGUCUACGACAAUUGCUAGAUUUCAGUUACACUAUGAAACCUUCGUUAACUGUCAACUUGCCCAUGGCAGAAAUCGUUCCCAUCCUCAACAACGAAUCGCAUCCAGAACCGCAAUACAAAUCGACUUCUUUCAGGAUCGUAGGUGAUGCCCAGCCCAGUACUCAGAUUCUACCCCAACGUCAACCGGCUAUCAAACAGGAUCAUAGAACGGAAGUUCGGUCAAGAAGCAAUUCUUUGGACGAUCGGGGAAUCACAAAAGAAUCUUCCCAAAGUGUUCCACGCAAUCCUAUACAACACGAGCAGCCCGUUAAAUUGGUGGUCGUUCGUUUACUGUCUGAUUCGACGAGCUGUUGCUACACGACGGACGAAACGUCUCUUGAUGCCAGUAGUUGCCCUGUCGGGCAUUCUCCAUUCAAAAAUCGAUUCAACAAAGGCAAAAACAAUCAACCCCAGCAAGUGUAAAACAUUUAAUGGCCAGUUCGACUUUGUUGUUUUAAUUGGGCCAAAUUGAUUAGUGGAGUGGAAUUUUUUUGUCAAUCUGUUGAUAUUAAUGAAAAAUUCACAUUUCUCUUCUCUUGUCAUUCUAGAAAAAAUCAUCUAAUCUGAGACAAAAUCUUUGUAAUUAGCCAGGAAAAAGAGUUUAAUUUCUCUGAAUAAUGUCCGUAGUGUGUUCAUUCCCAUUGUUUGUGUACUCUCUUGAGACAUUUAUCUAUUUUGAGAAACUAGAGCAAUGCUAUUAUGAAUCGUUUCAGCGACGAUUUGUUGAUUGAUAAGCCUUGGACGAGAAAAUGGGUGAAUUUGUUCUUUGACUUGGAAUUGAUAUUAUAAAAUCAUGCUAUCUGUUGAUUGAUCUCUUGUACGAAUGUGUAAUAGCUAUAACGUACUGAUACGUGAUCUAGGAAACACGAUGACACAGGGUCCGUACUCAUUUCGUGAUCUACGCUACUCGAUAUUUUUUACGUAACGAAUGUAAUUACAUCAUACAAUGCACAUCGAUCGCUGCUCUACGUGUAAUAUACGAGAAUGACACCAUCAAUACAUCUAUCCAUCCAAUAAAAGAAGAUGCACGUUUAAA